UCGAGAUUUGGCGGGAACUCUCGCGGUGACGUCACGCGGUGCGGAAGCGCGAGGGUGGCCACUGUGGCCAUGCCUGUGGCCAAGACCUCUGCCGAGAAGACGGCGCUGGUGGCGAGGAGGAUCGGGCUCGUCCCGGACUUCCCCAAGCCCGGCGUCUUAUUUCGCGAUGUGUGCCCCCUGCUCAAGGACCCAGAGGCCUUCAAUGCCGUCAUUGAGCUCCUGGAGGAGAAGCUGCAGAAACACGUGGGCAGCGUGGACCUGAUUGCGGGGCUGGAGGCUCGUGGAUUCUUGUUAGGCCCGUCGCUCGCGGCGCGUCUUGGGGUCGGGUUCAUCCCCUUGAGGAAGAAGGGCAAGCUGCCUGGCGAGACCAUCGCUGUCAGCUACACCUUGGAGUAUGGGCAGGAUGUGGUGGAGGCGCAGAUGGGCGCCCUGAAGCCUGGACAGAACGUCGUCAUCGUGGAUGAUUUGAUCGCCACAGGGGGCACCAUGGCGGCCGCGGUCCAGCUCAUCCAGAAGCUGGGCGGCACCGUGCUGCAGUGCCUCGUGGUGAUCGAGCUUGUGGAGCUGCGAGGGCGUGAGCUCCUGGAGGCUGACAUGCUGCAGUCGCUCCUGCAGUACUGAACACUGCUGCUGCCUGUCACCCAUUGUCUACCACAGAGGAAGCAACAACCUUGCUACCGUUGUUGCCAUUGAGACGAGACCUCCCAAAGAUUUUCGUGCUCACCCUGCUAAAUUGUUUUAAAAUGUAGGCCUUUAUCAGUUCACUGCUGGGUGAAAGCCUCGCCACACUUUCGGUCAUGGGGGUUUGUUGACAGUCAUUAACCACAUGCUCAUUAGUUUGGAUUAGUGUCAGGGUGCGAAAAGAUGGGUUCUGAUAUCACUCGCUGUUGAUGUUAGCCAUGGCUGGGAAUCCAUCGCUGGUUGCCUGUUUAGAAUCAGAACCAACUGGUUCCACAAUAUUCUUGGUUCUUUCGGUAAAGUCUCGUAGAAGGGAAAUAAUACAAAUACAUCGAAAGUGGUUCCACAAUGUUUGGGUUUUAUUGCUAUUGAUUACUGCCACUGGAGGUGGCAAUUACAAAACCACCCAGCUUGCACCACAUCUAUCAAGCUAAACUCUACUUGGAGAGUCACUCCCUUUGGAGGGUUGCGAUUCAGUUCAAUAAUGGUAUUUUUCCCCAUUUGUGAUAAAUGUGGUAGCUCUGAUGGCUGUCGGGUGUACGCCAUCCAAUAGCAUGGUAUACAAUGUGUUACAAAUAAUUUAUUUCCAUGCAAGACAUUUUCUGAAGGUAGCAUGAUAAUUUUAAUCACUAAACUACCUUUUGCUGGUAAAAUAGAAACCAAAUCUAAACCCACAGGUAAUGUGGGUAAUUAGUAUUUCUGGGCAGUUUUGAUUCGUGAUUGCUGGAGGAAUAAUCAAGACCUGUGCUGGUCACUCCAGGGAUGGCAAUUAUUCCACAGAUCACAGUACAUUUUAGAUGUUGCUUCUCAUUCUUGAACACACCUUGACUGUGUCAGGGGGUGGCCAAUGUACUUUUGAUGUGAAAAAGACUACGGUCAUUAUGGUGCUCCAGUGACAUGGCCACUUAUGCCUAAUGGGUAUGGAUAAUUUAGGUUUUGCUUUAAAAUUAUGGAAAUGUAUAUUCCUUUGUCAGUCCACAACCUAGCAGCUGCAGUUCUUCACAGAUUUACAGGACAUUAACCAAAACACUUAUCUGGCUUUUACUAUUCCUGGUAUCAUGCAGGGAAAUCUGCCAUAUCGGAUAAAACAAUUGGCAUGCAUUUAAACUCGCCAAAAUAAGGGAGGUGUAAGUUGACAUGGACUUGUUGGAUCUAUAGCCCAUUUCCCAGUUCGCCCCUUUACACCGCCAAAAGCUUGUGUAAAAGUAAAAUAGUGGCACCGAUCAAAGUGGAUAGACGUUAAUGGGACACCAGUUGUGCAGCCUGGAAGAAGUGGUGCAACUUUGUCCUGUGCAUUGUUCCUUGCCCUGUAGCUGUCAAAUGAGUGGGGAAACUCCCAGUAGCAGUGGGGGAGGAGGCAAUGAGGAGUGUGCUUAUUUUCAAAAUUGAAUGCCUGGAUUGUAUAAUAAAUACUGCAAAAGCUAUGGA